CCUCUUCUCAUCCAUCGAUCGUAUCAAGGAAAAUAGAGAUCCGUCUUUCUUCCCCAGAUACUCUCUCUUCCUCCACUCACCCUCUCAUCCCCCCCAAAAAAAUCAGAGCAACCGAGUUGACUCUGCGAAACAAGAAGAGGAGGAAAAAAAGUUUCUAGUGACGAAACCACAAGACACGACCCACACCACCUUUCAAAACCAAAACCGCAAACCACCUCACAAUGUCCUUCUUCCGUGGCGGUUCCGACUCGGAAUCCUCUGACGAAGAGUCCCUCCGAUCGACCGAUGACGAGCGCAAGCAGGUCAAGCCCAAGUCCAAGCUCGCCAAGAGUGCCAGCAUGUUCCUCGCCGGUGGUGGGAGCGAUUCUAGCAGCGACGACGAUGAUGACAGCGAUGACAGUGAUAGCGAUAGCGAUGAUAGCGAUUCAGAUGAUGACAGCGAUGACGAGGGUGACAAGACGGUGAAGAAGGGCCGAGGUGGAGCCGCCGCCUUCCUUCGAGGAGCCGUCUCUGAUGAUGAAUCGGACGACGACGGUCCCAAGGUCGUCAAGUCUGCCAAGGACAAGCGAUUGGAGGAGAUGGAGGCUACCGUCAAGGUCAUGGACAAUGCGAGCAAGAUCAACGACUGGGUCGCUAUCAACAACGAAUUCGACAAGCUCGUCCGUUUCGUCGCCCGUCAUCAGACCCUCACCUCGACCCUCCCCCCCGCGGCCCAGACCCCGGCGUUGUUCAUCAAGUCGAUCAUCGACAUGGACGCCCAGAUCACCGAGACCGCCAAGAAGGAAAAGGACAGCAAGAAGAAGAUGAACGCUGCCAAUGCCAAGGGGUUGAACGGGAUGAAGCAAAAGGUCAAGAAGCAGUUGCGAGAGUUUGAGAACGCCGUCAACGAGUACAAGAAGGACCCCGAGGCUUUCGAAGCUGCCUACGAAGCCGCCGUCACUGGAUCGGGAAGCGCGGCGGACAAGGAGCAAAAGCAACGGGCGAGGGAGGCCAGGCAGGCCCGCAAGGCCGCCGGAGAGGAGGGCGAGGAGGGUCAGGAGGGUGACGAUUUCAUGACCGUCGGACGGGGCGGGAGGGCGUUGCAGUUGACCAGCGAGGGAGUGUUCAAGACGCUCAAGAGCAUUGCCGAGAACAGGGGACGAAAGAACGUCGACCGUGCCGAGACGAUCAAGAUCCUCACCCGACUGCUCGAAGUCUCGACCACACCCUAUCAAAAGAUCCGGGUCUUGCUCGCUACCAUCGCUUCCCGUCUCGACUACUCUGCCAACCUGGCUUCUAUCCCUCACGACUCGUGGGUUUCGGCAUUGCACGAGACCAACCAGUUGAUCACCAUGCUCCUCAGCGAGCACAAAGAGUACGUCGUCGCUGAAGAGACGGAAGAGUACGACGACAUGAUCGAACGUACCCCGACUUCUGAGGGCGUGACGGACGGACGGGUCAAGGUCCGAGGGAGCUUGAUCUCGUUUGUUGAAAACCUGGACAACGAGUUUACAAAGACAUUGCAAAACUCGGAUCAACACGGGAGCGAAUACGUCGAAAGGCUGAGGGAAGAGAGGCCGCUGUACGAGACGAUCGUCAAGGCUCAGGUGCUAUUUGAGCGAGAAGGGUGGAGCGAGCCUACUGCGAGGGCAGUCAUGAGGCGAUUGGAGCAUGUUUACUCCAAGCCCUCGGCCAUUGUCGAGGUUCUCGAGCGAAGCGCCGUCUCUUCGUUGACCGGUGAAACGUCCGGAGUGACCAACCUCUCGACUCCUCAAAGCGCCAACGACCUCGUCUACGCGCUCGCCGUCAACCUCUACCGUGACGCCCCGGCACUCAUCCGAACCCGUGCCAUGCUCUGUCACAUCUACCACAACGCUGCCAACGGCAAGUACCACGAGGCUCGUGACAUGCUCUUGAUGAGCCAUCUCCAGGCUUCCAUCCAGCACGCCGAUGUGACGACCCAGAUCUUGUACAACCGAGUCGUCGUCCAGAUCGGUCUGGCCGCAUUCAAGAAGGGUCUCGUGUCCGAGUGUCAGUCGACCCUGCUCGAAAUCUUUGCCUCGCAACGUGCCAAGGAGCUUUUGGCCCAGGGAAUCCAGCGAUUCUCGAACAACACCCCGGAGCAGGAGCUCAUCGAAAAGAGGCGUCUCUUGCCCUUCCACAUGCACAUCAACCUCGAGCUGCUCGAGACCGCCUUCCUGGUGUCGUCCAUGUUGAUCGAGAUUCCCCUUUUGGCCUCGCUCGACACGGACGAGGCCAAGCGAAAGGCGGUCAGUAGGCCGUUCAGGAGAUUGCUCGAGCAGGCCGACAGGCAGGCUUUCAUGGGUCCUCCCGAGAGCGCUAGGGACCACAUCAUGCAAGCCAGCAAGGCUUUGCAGACCGGUCAGUGGGAGAAGGCCAGGGACCUCAUCUUGUCCAUCAAGAUCUGGUCUCUGUUGGAUAAUGCCGCCGAGGUCAAGGAGAAGCUUUCCCGGAAAAUCCAAGAAGAGGGACUCCGAACCUACCUGUUCACUUACGCUCCCUACUACGACAGCAUCUCGCUCGAUCUCCUCGCCAGCACAUUUGCCUUGCCUCGAGGAACCGUAACGGCCAUCGCAUCCAAGAUGAUCUGGACCGAAGAGCUUGUCGCCUCGCUCGACCAGAUUGACGGCGUCGUCGUCUUCCACCGUGUCGAGCAGAACAGGGUACAACAGCUCGCCCAAGAACUCGCUUCCAAGGCCGAACAAUUGCUCGAGCAAAACGAGCGGGUGCUCGAUCAGAAACUCGGUACCAACGACAACCGACCAGAUGGCGAGCGUGGGGCUCGACAAGGAGAUGGCGGUCGAGGGCGGAAUGAACGAAGAGGAAGAGGAGGAUAUCGUGGCGGGCGAGGCUCGGGUCGCGGAGGUUUCAACUCUGGCCUUGGAUCGAAUAAGGUUCGGGCUUAAGACGGCACCUGUACAUGACAUUCUAUAGGCAUGGUAAUCUGAUAUGGCAUCUUAGAGACGAC